AUGUCUGGCAGGCUGGUUGGUGGAUCCUACACUCCCCGUCCGCUCAGUACCCCAAUACUGUUGAUUAUCACCAAUGGUGAGACCAAGCGUUUGGUUAGUCUGCGGUAUGUGAAACCCGAUAAGCUCCAGCUUUCAACCAAUAAGAUCAAAGCCCAAAUAGUAGAGAAGAGCAAGUUGAGAAGUAGUAGAGAAGUUGAUGUUGAAGCAAGUACAGCUAGAAGUGAUGAAGAGCAGAUAGAAGAUGCUUUAGCCGAUAGAGAAGAAGAUCAGUAG